AUGUUGAUUGAGCCUGUGUUAAUAUUGCUGCGUGUGCUUGGUUAUGUAGCGGUUCUCUUCAUGGAGCACUGGAAGAGACGACAGAUGCGGCUCAACUAUGUCUGGGACCUGACGGGCUUCGGAGAAGAGGAGCAGGAGGAACAUAAGGACCACAACCGAGCCGAGUACGAGUUCCGGGUCAUGAAAAAGACAAUGAAACAGGAACAAUCCAGCCCCAAGAGCGAGAAAGUGAAGCUGACCUGUACAGACAGAAUGCCAGCUUACCUGACUGCCGUGUUGAUGAUGGUCUUCAUGAUCCUCGUGACGUUUGCCAUGGUCUUCGGGGUCAUCCUGUACCGGAUCAGCAUUAAGGCAGCGCUGCACAUGAGCACCUACUCCGCAGCACGGUCCAACAUCAGAGCCACAGUCAAAACCACAGCCGCCAUCAUCAACCUCAUCAUCAUCAUCAUCUUAGAUGAAAUCUACGCCGCCAUCGCCCGCUGGCUCACCAAACUGGAGGUGCCAAAGACAGACAAGAGUUUUGAAGAGCGUCUCAUCUUCAAAACCUUCAUCCUGAAGUUUGUCAAUGCAUUCACGCCCAUCGUCUAUUUGGCCUUUUUCAGGGGCAGGCUUGUUGGGCGGCCUGGAAGCUACUUGUAUGUUAUUGGAUCGUACAGAAUGGAAGAGUGUGCUCAUGCAGGCUGCCUCAUGGAGCUGUGCAUCCAGCUGUGCAUCACUAUGCUGGGCAAGCAGCUCAUCCAGAACAACCUGUUUGAGAUUGGCAUGCCGAAGCUGAAGAAACUCCUACGGAGGAGGAAGUCAGAGUUGGACUCAAAGCAAGAGGAGGAGCUGAACAAAACCCUGCAGCGGCACGAGAAGGACCACAUCCUGGGUCCCUUCGUCGGCCUCAGCCCCGAGUACAUGGAGAUGAUCAUCCAGUUUGGGAUGGUAACCCUUUUCGUGGCCUCCUUCCCUCUGGCUCCUCUCUUCGCUCUUCUGAAUAACAUCAUUGAGAUCCGCCUGGAUGCCAAGAAGUUUGUCAUGGAGCUGCGCAGGCCGAUUGCAGCCAAGGCCAAAGACAUUGGCAUCUGGUACAACCUCUUGAGAGGCCUCAGCAAGGUAGCAGUCAUCGUAAAUGCCUUUGUCAUCUCCUUCACCUCGGACUUCAUCCCUAGGCUGGUGUACCAGUACAUGUACAGCCUGGACGGCACCAUGCACGGCUUCGUCAACCACACCCUGUCUUACUUCAACGUCAGCGACUUCCAGCCCGGCACAGCCCCUCUCCAGCCAAUGCACCUGGGCUACAAAGUAGAAAUAUGCAGGUAUAAGGACUACAGAGAGCCUCCCUCCUCCAGCUCACAGUAUGAACUCUCCAAAGAGUUCUGGGCGGUUCUGGCCGCUCGCCUCGCCUUCGUUGUUGUCUUUCAGAACGUGGUGAUGCUCAUGAGUGACUUUGUGGACUGGCUGAUCCCGGACAUCCCCAAGGACAUCAGUCUCCAGAUGCACAAGGAGAAGAUUCUCAUGGUGGAGCUUUUCAUGAAGGAGGAGCAGGGCAAAAGGCUUGCAGCGCGGGACAACCACAACCAGGACAACUGCAAUUCCCCCUCCUCUGCGACGCAGACCCCCCCGCAGCCGCGCUCCAGAACCGCCACGCACGCAGUCGGGUGGGAAAACAAGCACAAGCAGCCAGAAGAAAACCCAGCACCUAUAUAUAAACUGUAAAUACGCUACUUUAAGACAGCUGUUAAAGACCUUAAACACAUGAUCAGUUUUUAAUAAUCAGCAAAGCUUUGCUGCGUUCAUGUUGUUUGGUAAUAUUUGCAGUAAUUAACCUGCAGUUCAAACAUUAACGUGUUAGCAGUAGAACUAAUUGUUUGCCUCUUUUUAUCUUUUUUCCCAUGUAAAGAGCAAGCCAUACAUUAGGCAUACAUCUAGCCAGUGGUUAAACAAUACUCGUAGGAUUUAGCAUCGCAAAGACAUUAUUUAUUGAAGCAACUGUGUUUGAAGGGAACAAGCCAUUAGUUCACUUGACUCUGGGAAAAUUCCAGUCAAUGGGAUCUUCAUUCAGGAUGUCCAAACCAAACCCAACCUGCAACUUAAUAUGAAUAUUUUUGAGUAGUAGGUUCAUAACUGCCACCUUUCUCACGGGACUUGAAUGCAGCUUUUAUAUUAAAGACAGCCUCCGUCCAAAUGGCCCUGCUGAGAAGAAUUCCCUCCCAACACAGCGGGAAGUCCUUUCUCCUGCCAACACUAGAGCUCAGAUAGGCCUUUUACCCCGUUUCUUUGCAGAGUUAUAUACAAAUGCAAGAUUGUAUUGAUGUACUGUUAUUAAUGCGCAACAUGGUCUAGCACAUGUGUUUUGUUUGUUGAGAUGAACACCAGAAGGUUUUGGAAGAACUUCUGUGUUAUCAAUUUGUACUCUUAAUUUGUACGAGCACCAUUUUGCUCAUUGUUACAUUUGUUAUAUUUUGACUAUGUACAAACUGUCAAACGGUGCUCAGUGGCAUUAUUCCUGGAAGCACAAGUCACAUUAUUUUUCAUUCCAAUUAACUGGAGUCUUAAAGCUGUAUUUGGCUAGAUUUAGAGGAUAAACACAAAGUGAUGUCACGCUUCUCUCGCUGAGAUGAUAUACUGUAGAUACUUCGGGUGUGCCCUAAUAACCACGAGAAAUAUUUUCAACAAGUUUUUAAUGAAAAUGAUUCCUUAAGCUUUAUAAAUAGAUUGUUUAGUGAUUAUCUUGUGGAAGUUGUCAGCACAACAAGUUGAAAACCACAGACUGAAUAAGUAAAUGUACAGAAGUUACCGUGACAUCAGCCAUUGGUUUGUAGACUACUGUUUCAUGCCUCAAAUGUUCCAUUUUGGUUGUCACCAUUUUGUUUUGCAUGAUCCAUGGAGGAGAGGUACUUUAGGAGCUGGAGAGGAGGGAGGCCAGGCGAUGCUAGGUACUGUUAGCAUAACAAGCACUAAAUUACCAGCUAACGCUAGUGCUGGUUUGCUAGCUUGGUUAGCAAGGUCGAUCUGUAAUUCAUGUUAACUUACCUGCUUUCAUUAACAGGGCGCCAAUUAAUACUUACGUUGCUAAAAAUAUAGAGUUUGUUAGCAUAGUGAAGUAGUGCGUAAUCAUGGGAGUUGUUGUCUUAACCACCAUUGCUGCCACUGCACUCAUUUUCUCCUGAAAGAUCUUGCGGAUGUGAAUCCCUAAUAUCCAGGUCCACUUGUAUAUAAGUCUCUAGGAAAAUGAAUUUUACACAAUGAAAUACCACAGUAAAUCAUUUUCUAGUGAGUUAUCUCAAUCACGAGCUCCAAAUCUUUAAUUUAGCAUAUUUAUUUUGUAAAUGAUGGUCUGUUUUGAGUACAUGGAAGUUAAUUGUAACGGUUUGAUUGCCUGAAAUGUUUCUUCUCCAGUAUUUGUUUUUAUUAUACUUCACUAGGGAUGGGUAUCGAGAACCGCUACUAAGUCAGUACCGGUACCUGAUUGGA